CCACGGCACGAGCCAGGACCAGCAACUCGAGAUAUCCCAUCCUCCUCCCCUCCUGUCUCCCCCUCCCUCUGUCAGCCAUUCAUUUGUUGUUCUAGCUGCCUCGCUGCCAGCCAUCUCGCUGCUUCGUUGUCUUAGGAUCGGUCCCCCCAGCCUAGUUCCACGCUUAUUCGUCUCUUUUCGAGGCAGGCUGCCGUUGAUAUCUAAACCUUAAAUCUCUGUUGAGGUUACGAAAACUAUAGUUGCUAGAAGGACGAUCAAGAACGGCCAGAAAACUCUGAAGGUUGGCAGAUUCCGUGCGGUUCAGCACGUGUCAGCCUGUCCGCCGCUCGGAGCCGCUCGUUCCGUGUCCUCGAGUCCGAGCUCAAGUAGACUGCAAACGAAGCCACUAACGAGUCCCAGAUCGACGAUAACUUAUCGUUGAACGAAUUGUCGUGUAGCUCCUGAACACCCGCUCGUGUGGCACGCAUUUCUUAUUCGCAAACCGCGGCAUCCACUCGCGAUCCACGCUGGAAGCCACAUGGGGGAGAAGUGGGUAACACCGACCGGGCGGGCGCGGUCCUUAAAAGGCUCUUCGUCCGCACCGAGCCGCCUUAAGUCGCUCUCUAAGAUCUCCCUCAGCGACCGCCGGCUGUGGGAGCAGGAACGGCGGCGCCUGAUGCGGGCCGGGCGGCGGCCAGGGCUGCUAGAAAGCGAGGAGGAGGGGGAGGAGGAGGACGGGGAGGACGAUUCGGAGACGGAGGAGGAGGAGGAUAGCGACGAGUCGGACACGUGGUGCGCGUACUGCUGCGAGCAGCCCCGGCUGCAGAGCAUCUGCGCCUUCUUCUUCGCGCUCAUGCUCUUCUCGGCGCUGCUCGGCACGCUUUUCACCGCCGCCGGGCUCAUCAACCCCGUCAGGGACUGGCUGCCUCCGCCCGCGCAGGUUCGCCCCAACCGCCCCCCUCGCCCCGCGCAAGCCGACGAGCCGCGCGCAAUAGGAGUCUUCCCGCUACUCCCGGCGAGCGACCCGGGGCAGCUGCAGGCGCUGCAGCAGCAGCUGGAGCACCAGCAGAAGCUCAUUGCGGCGCAGCGCCAAGCCGCGCCGUCUUCCGCGCCGUCUUCCGCGGUGGCAUCCGCGGCGGAACGCACGCCGCAACAGCCGCUGCUGCAGAAGCCGCAGCAGCGGCGCAGGGGGGACGCGCGGACGGCUCCCCUGCAGCAGUUUCAGAAGCUCCGCCCGCUCGCUAUCGGCGCGCAGGGGCAGGCGCAGGCGGGUGGCGCGGAGCACCGAGCGGGGAAUCUGGAAACGGCGGAGCAGACGGGGCAAGCGUCAGGGGUGAUGGCGCAGGGGGGACGUGCGGGAGAAGGGGACGGGUCCGCGCAAGCGAGUGAGGUGAUGGAGUCGCAGCAGCAGGAGCAACAGGCGGAGCAGCAAGUGCUGAUGCAUGAGCAGGCGCAGGUGGAAGGCGCAGCGGCGCAGGGAGGGGUGAAACAAGUCAACAGCGCGGAGCAGGCGCAGGCGCAGGCGCUAGACGAGGCGCUAGGGUUCCGCGUAAAGAGUCUAGGGGGAGCGGGGAGCGGCGAAAGCGGGGAAACCACAGGGGCAGGGACAGGGGCAGGGGAAGGGGGAAGCAUUGGGGGGAGGGGGAGUGUAGGCGUGACAGUGGUGCCGUCGUCGCUGCCUGUCAUUGACGUGUUCUCGAAGCUCGACCCCACGACUGCUCGCACUGUCGCCAAGCUGUCGCCAGCGACCAUCACGUGCGACAAGGCUGUUCCUCUCGCCGCUGCGAACGCCCCUGGCGGGGGUCAGCACAGAGCCGCGCGGCUGCCCAACUGCGAGCCACCGCCCCAGGAUACGCCCUGGCUCCGCCCCUCUGCUGCCGCAGCCUCUGCUGCCGCUGCUAGUGGUGGCGGUGGAGGCAGGGGGCGUGUGGGGCCCGUGGCGGCAGCACGAGGAAGUGGUGGGAGUGGUGCGGAUUCGCGAGGGGGAGUGGGCGGCAUCGGGGGGGUGCAGCACAUGGCAGCGGGAGGUGUGGCCCAGACAGGCGAGGUGCAGGAGGGAAGGAUGCACAUCCCUGACAUGGGCAUGGGCAUGGCAGAACAGGCAGGGCCACAGCGGCACGAGGAGCAGCGGCAGCACCAGAAACAGUGGCAGCAGCAGGGGCAGCAGCGGGAAGGGUACCCGUAUCAGCAGCAGCAGCGCCAGCCGCAGCGGCAGCAGCAGCAGCAGGCAGGGCGGGCAGGACACGUGGCAGCGGAUAGAGAGAUGGCAGCGCCAUUCCAAGCUUGCGUGGACCACACGAAAGUGCAGCGCAUGGCGGAGCAAUCGGGGUGGCCGUAUCUCUUGGUGCAGGGCCGGCACCCGGGGCUGAUACAGCAGGAGCAGGCGCUGAUGCGCGCCUUGUGGGUGGCCAAGGCGGUGGGGGCGGUGCUGGUGCUGCCGCCGCUGGUGACGAGCGUAGCGGCGCAGGGGCGCGUGAAGGAGAGCGGCAUGGAACGGCUGUUCAGCACUCACUUCUUCAUCACUCAUAUGUACUGCUCCUCAGGCAUUUGGGUGGUGCCGCAGCUUCCAGGAAGCGUCUGGGACCGGCUGCCAGCAGGGGUGACCGGGGAUGACGUGGACACCUUGCUGGCGCUGCCUGGUGGCAUCGCGCAGCGCAUCCCGCGUGGCAUAGUGGCUGCCAGCGGGGACGCUGAGGAUGCUGCGCUGGCAGAGUGGACGGACGCCAUGAGGCAGAGAACAAAGAAGGGCGAGGUCCGGCUGCUGGUAUACAACUCCUCAGACCCCAUCUCUUUCACCACCUCACAGCAGCAACAGCAAGAGCAGCAGCAGCAGCAGCAGCAGCAGCAGCAGCAGAGGGUCAGGAAGAACGCGAUGGCAGCACUGCGGCUGGCGCCGCCCAUAGCAUCUGUGACCACCCAGCUGUUGCACUUGCUGCGCAAGGCAUACCAGGCGCGCUUCGGCGACCUCUCCCGCUUCCACUUCGCCGCGCUGCACUUCAGCCUCAACGCAGGGACAGGGGCGGAGACAGGGACAGGGACAGGAGAGGUAGGGACAGGGGCGGAAGCAAGUGCCAGCAGUGCAAGCAGCAACAGCACCGGUGCCCCUUUCUCUGGUGACCUUGCUGCUGCCAGCCUGCAAGCUGCUCGAGAGGCACUGCUCACCCUGCUGGACCCCUCCAAGACUCUGCUCUAUGUGAUCAUGCCCCCGGUGCCCCACCGCACAGCCUUCCUCAGGGAGCUUGCUGAGGCGUACCAGGUGGUAACCAGGGAUGACCUCAUCAGUGACGUCAGCAGCCGGUUCCCAGAGGGAGAGGUGCAGACAGCGUUGGAGCAGGGGAUGGCAAAGGAGGCCGCUGUGUUCAUGGGUUCGUUCAGUUCUGAGUUCUCGCGGUUUGUGUUCCAGCUGAGAUGCUUCACGCGGCCACUGCUCGGGCAGUCGCAACGGGCAACUGUAUUCUAUGACCUUGGGUUUGCCGUUGCUCCGUGCCACGUGGACCCAUAGGAAGCGGACAACGGCUUGAGUGCAAGGGGUAGAGAUGCUUUGCUGGGACGCAGGAGCGGGGCUCUGACUGACUGUUUUUUAGUAUAGUUGGUGUGGCUGUUGAUUUUCUCAAUUGAAUGAAUACCCUCUAUACAA